AUGGAUAUCAAGAACGACAUUAUACCCUCGUCAUAUCAUGCCCCGCCAUCUAGUAAAGACGUACACAUGGGAGGGGCGCGACCCACGACCAAGAAGAGCUUGGCACAGCCAAAGAAGAUAGUCCCAAAGAUUCUCGCGCAGACAGCCAAACCGGAAGUAAUUCACAAAACCCCUGUUCCACAAGCAUCAACCAGGUUGGAGUUCAAUGCUUUCGUCAAAGUUGCAUUCUCAGCUAUUCCCCGGAGGAAGACUUUCUCAACCGUCAUCCAAGGCCAUCAAGAUCUCUCAGAGACACCUAAAGGCUCACGAUUUGAACACAGAACUUGCCUCCCGUCUUCCGAAACAUCCUUCGACUUGCCGCCUUUACGGGGCAACUCGAUCGACGAACAUUUCUAUAAUAUAGGUGCUCAUAUGGCGAUGCCUUGGCUAGAAAUAGCUAUGAAUUUCACCGAGUCCAAGGAGAAAGGGCUACCUCCAAGACCGGAAAAGUUCAACAUUACCCUGGGUGGACUAGAUACAACGCCGAUGUAUUCUCCUUUCCCCGUCAUGGCCUGCGCUAUUUCCGAGACUGCUCGGUACGUCUGGAUAUCCCCUUGGCUACUGGGAUUGGACUCUUCCCCUGAACAUCUGAUUCCUAUUGGUGAUCCUUCGCUCCCUCGGGUGAUUCUUGCAAGGGUAUUACUUCCGGGCAACGCCCUGCUUGGUUAUUGUAUCGGAAGCAAAAACGAAACCUACGAACGGCAACUUAAAGAGAUUGAAGAGAUACGAGCUUUACUGGCUGAUAUAGAGUCACAGCCCGAACUCGACCGAGAACGUCACGACAACUUGCUCGCAGUCAAGGCAGACUUGGAAGGAUCGUUACCUACUUUGGUCCACACUCCCGACGAAAUCACGGGCGAUGACUCCGACGCCAAGCGCUGGGAGGAAGUCACCUCCGUCAACUCUCUCGCGGACCUCGCCCGCCUCUACUGCGGAAUUGAUCUAGACAAAUCGACACGGGACGACUUUAUGACAUCUACCAGAGAAGGCAUCGCCGCUAAUAUUGACAAAUAUCUCCAGUACUGUUGCAGCGACGUCGAAACCACCUUAUCCAUCUACCAAAUAGUCCUCCCUGCAUUUCUUCGGUCCUGCCCUAAUCCCGUUUCCGCAGCUGGCAUAUUCACCAUGGGUAGCGCAUUCUUGACCGUUGACCAGGAAUGGAACAACUAUAUUAAUUCGGCCGAGCAGAAAUACCACGAGCUUGAAGAUGGCGUUCGAGGUACCUUACUUGCUCUCGCCAAAGAUGCUUUCGCCAUGUACGAUUCUGACGUAGAGGGAAAGAAGCCUUGGGAGAGUGACGAAUGGCUUAGCCAGCUUGAUUGGACGCCCAAGAAAGUUGGAGUGUCCAGAGGGAUCGAGGCCCCGGAGAGACCCCCGCCAGAAACACGGCCAAAAUGGUUCGCCGAUAUUACGAAAGAGAAACUUGGUCCAACUGUUCAAGACCGGGUCAUUCCGUUGUUGCUCAAUAUGAAGUGGAAGCCUGACCCAUCCAGUAAAAAGAAAACAACCUACCCCCUGUUCUUUUCAUCCAAGCACGGCUGGCUUGUUGGGUCAGCCAAAAAGAACCAAUCAGGACUUGGGUCUACCGUCGAGGUUGACGAGAACGAUGAAUUAGCCCCAUUUCGGGGGCACAUUGUAUGCGAUGACGAUGACCUCACGAAUAUGGCCCUGCGCUUUUGUUCUGGUACCGCUCCUGAUUCCGAUUGGGAUGCACUUAGGUCUAUAGCCAACAGCGUCCUUGAUGAGGGCCCCCAUCUCCAAAAGAUAUUAAAAAGUCCCUUCCAAACACCAACUGAACUGGAAAGGGUACAAGUUGGCAAACGUCCAUCCCGAAAUCCGGCUGAUAUCGUUUACUGGCCAAAAUGGUACUGGGAUCUAACGGCCCCGCGAACCGAUGCAGAGCGCGGUACACCCAAUCUAACAUUUCUUCAAGCUCCCCACAAGGAUGGUGAUCAAGCCAAUGUCGGUUCCCCAAUGGCCAAGACAUUCCUCAAGUAUUCACAAGACGGUACUCUAUCUAGUCCAGGGGAUACAGCUAAAGCAGCUCUCAACAUGAAUGCCCAGUGUAGCUAUUGGAUCAGUGCACGGGACCGCGUAUUGAGACAGGUUGUGAUGUGGGACCGCCAAGCUAAGAUCAAUAUGGGGCUGCCCACACCACCUCCACCUUCACCUCCACCCGGACCCCCGAUGCCGAAGCGGGCUCAGUACGCCCACGAAAGUAUGGUAUGA